CCUUGAGAAUCCACUCCUGGUUUUCACAGGCUGAUGCCCACUCGCACACGUUUGCUCGUGUUGGAGACUCCACUGCGGUAACCGUGCCGUUAAAGCUGUUGAACGUGUCUUACCGUCGCAACGCCGGGUCGGUCUUUAACGGGCCACAACCCGGUUGCAGCCGCUGGCGUUUUUGGCUCGUUCCGGGCGUCUGUGGAUUGACUUAAUGCCUCAUUCAGAAGCUCCAUUCUGCUUUUUAAGUUCAAGAAAACACCCGGACCCAUCGCCCUCUCGCCUUUGACUCUUACCGGAGAAUUCAAUGUUUAUUUUUUGGCGCCGCCGGAGCGCGAAGUCUUGCCCGUCGCGGACCAUGUUCGUUAUUUUUGUAUAAAGCACCUCGACCGGUUGCGGUCAAUCAAACUUUACCUCAGAGAACGCGCUGGAUAACUCGCGUGCAUUUUUGUGUGUUUUUUUUACCUCAGAAAGUGAUGGCGGAGCGGGGGGCACGGCUGCUGCUGCUCGUGUUGUUCACGGGUCUCACCGUUUUCCAGUUCGGCUGUGCGAAUAAAGGUGUUGGUAUUCGGGGCUUCACGUCGUUCAGGUUCUCCGUGGAACCCAUGGACACGUUAGCUGUUCGUGGCCUCCCGGCCAUUCUGAACUGCUCGGCCGUCAGCGACGCUCCGGUCAGGGUGGAAUGGAAGAAGGACGGAACGUUCCUCAACCUGGCAGCGGAUGACCGGAGACGGCAGCUGGAAGACGGCUCUCUGCUCAUCAGUACGGUGGUCCACUCCAAACACAACAAACCCGAUGAGGGCAUUUAUCAGUGCGUGGCCACCAUUGACAAUCUGGGCACCAUCAGCAGCCGAACGGCGAGACUUACGGUGGCAGGACUUCCGCGGUUCCUCAGUCAACCGGAGGGCGUGUCUGUUCAUGUAGGCGGGACCGAGAUGCUAAACUGUGAGGUGACGGAAGAGCUCGCCCCGUUUACCCGCUGGGAGAAGGGCGGUCGGGCCGUAGAGCUGGACAGCAGGGUGAUACAGUUACCCAGUGGAGCUCUGGUCAUCAGCAAUGCAUCUCAAAGUGAUGCCGGACUCUACCGAUGCACAAUCGAGGGUCUAGGACCACCCAAAUCCAGCGAGGAGGCAGAGUUACAGGUGUCAGCAGACUCUGGUGUUGAGGAAAAAGUGGAGACCCUCCAAGGCCCGGUUGCGGUGGCAAAGGUUGUCGGCGAGAGCGUGUUGUUGCCAUGCGUCAUGAAGGGUUAUCCCGUGCCAGUUAUUCGCUGGACGUUCAAUGGAAGGCCGGUUGAUGAGGGCAGUGAACGCUUCGCUGUGAUUGGUGGGGGCAGCCUGCAGAUCGUCAACCUGACAGAGGAGGAUGGUGGGAUAUAUAGCUGCCAGGCAGAUGGCAACAACAUGACCAGUGAGAUACAGGCAGAGCUCACCGUGCGGGUUCCUCCACGGUUCCUGACGAGACCUUCCAACACGUACGCCCAGGAGUCCAUGGACAUCAUCUUUGAGUGUGAUGUCACGGGGUCACCGCCGCCCACUGUGAAAUGGAUGAAGGACGGAGACACGGUCAUACCGAGCGAUUAUUUCAGAAUAGUGAAGCAGCACAACCUACAGGUUUUGGGUUUGGUGAAAUCGGACGAGGGUUUUUAUCAGUGUUUAACGGAGAACGACGCUGGAAACAUUCAGGCCAGCGCACAGCUAAUAAUACUGGAUUUAGACGUUGCCCUUCCUUCUGCUCUGCCUUCACUGACUGAUGCCACUACUGACCAUGUAGCGUCCAGCCUCGCCGAGCGCUCCGGUCCCACCCCGUCGGCACCGCGAGAUGUCGUGGCGUCUUUGGUGUCCACCCGAUUCAUCAAGCUGACGUGGCGACUUCCUGCCGAGCCAAAUGGGGAGAACAUCACUUACUCGGUCUUCUACGGUCUGGAUGGCACCAACAGGGAGCGUGUGGAGAACACCAGCGCGCCAGGAGAGAUGCAGGUCACCAUUCAGAACCUCGUUCCUGACACCAAGUACACCUUUCGGGUGGUCGCUUCCAACUCCAACGGCCAUGGCGAGAGCUCCACCCCGCUUACGGUGGCCACCCAGCCGGAGGUUCAGCUACCCGGACCGGCUCCGAAUCUGCAGGUGCUGUCUGUUGGGACCACAACGAUCACACUGAGCUGGGAGAGACCGGUCACAGGAAACGGCGAGAUCCAGACCUAUAAAAUCUUCUACAGCGAGAAAGGCCAAGACUCCGAACAGGACACAGAUGUGACGGGUCUGUCUUACACUAUGACAGGACUCAAGAAGUUCACAGAGUACAGUUUCAGAGUGGUGGCGUUCAACAAGCACGGUCCUGGAGUUUCCACAGAAGACGUUACAGUCCGAACGCUGUCUGACGUACCGAGCGCCUCGCCGCAGAAUCUCACACUGGAGGUCUUGAACUCAACGUGCAUCAUGGUCCGAUGGCAGCCGCCUCCACUUGGCACUAUGAAUGGAGAACUGACGGGGUAUAAAUUACGCUAUCGUAAAGGUCUGAAGAGGGCAGAUUCGGUGGAGAUCACAACCACACAACUCUUUCAGCCUAUUGACGGUUUGGAGAAAGGGAAGAUUUACACAUUCAGAGUUUUGGCCACUAAUGUAAACGGGUCUGGGCCGGCGACAGAGUGGAUCACAGCGGAAACCUUUGAGAAUGACCUGGACGAAUCGCAGGUGCCAGGUGUCCCGAGUUCACUACAUGUUCGUCCGCUGGUGAACAGAAUCGUGGUGAGUUGGACUCCACCAAAUACCCAGGAGAUUUUAGUUCGAGGUUAUAAGAUCGGCUAUGGUAUCGGAAGCCCUCAUGCCCACACGGUCACUCUGGACUACAAGCAGCGUUUCUACAGUAUCGAUAACCUCGAUCCUGGUUCACAUUACGUCAUCACGCUGAAGGCGUUCAACAACAUGGGUGAAGGGAUUCCCAUCUACAACAGUGCCACGACCAGGCCACAGUCUGACCCCAUUGACCCUGACAUUGAUUUUUAUGAACUUUUCAAUAACCCAUACACCCCAGCUCCCGACCCUUCACCCAUGCUGCCCCCGGUGGGCGUUCAGGCCUCCGUCCUCAGCCAGGACACCAUCAAAGUCAGCUGGGCCGACAACUCGCUCUCGAAGAACCAGAAGAUCACCGAUUCCAGAUAUUAUACCAUCAGAUGGAAGACCAACAUCCCAGCCAACACUAAAUAUAAGAUGGCAAACACAACGUCUCUGUUUCACACGGUCACUGGUCUUAAACCCAACACAUUGUAUGAGUUCUCUGUCAUGGUGACCAAGAGCCGCAGGAGCAGCACGUGGAGCAUGACGGCUCAUGGGACGACGCUUGAGUCCAUUCCCAGCUCAGCACCUAAAGAUGUGACCGUGGUGAGUAAAGAAGGAAACCCACGAAUCAUUAACAUCAACUGGCAGCCGCCCACUGAGGCCAAUGGCAAAAUCACAGGGUACAUCAUCUACUACAGCACUGAUGUGAAUGCAGAGGUUCAUGAUUGGGUUGUGGAGCCUGUGGUGGGAAACCGGCUGACCCAUCAGAUUCAGGGUCUGACGCUGGACACCGCUUACUACUUUAAAAUCCAGGCGAGGAACUCUAAAGGCAUGGGUCCAAUGUCUGACGCCUUACAGUUUCGCACUCCUAAAGCUGAACCCUCUGACAAGAUGUCAAACGAUCAAGGGCUGCAGGUCAAACCCGGACACCCCACCCUGCCUGAGCAUGGGACUGGAUCCAACAUCGAUAAGCCGGGCAUCACAGGCAGUCAUGAGAAUCAUAUUCUGGUGAUCGUGGUGAUUGUUUCAGUAGGAGUUUUCACCAUCAUCGCUGUGGUCGUGGGAGCCAUCUUGUGCACACGCCGAUCACACUCGCAUCAGAAAAAAAAACGUGCAGCCUGUAAAUCCAGCGGCGGAUCACACAAGUACAAGAGUUCCUCUAAAGAUCUAAAGCCUCCUGAUCUCUGGAUCCAUCACGAGCGUCUGGAGCUUAAACCCAUGGACAAAUCACCUGAGCCCAACCCAGUGAUGACCGAGACGCCCAUCCCUCGUACCGCCCAGGACCCGCCCGCUGAUCCCUCACACCAGAGACAAGGUCAUGAGGUAGAGGAGAGUGUGUCCACUGUGGCCGGCAGGAGGGGAGUGAGACCCAAAAUAAUGAUGCCAUUUGACUCUCAGCCGCCCCAGCCUGUUAUUAGCGCUCACCCCAUUCAUUCCCUUGACCAUCUUCAUCAUCAUCAUCAUCACUAUCAUCUUCCACCGCGUGGGUAUCUUCAUCACCAGAUCAGUCUGAGAGCUCCUGCCACCCCGAGCCCUUACAUAGACAGAUAUCCCUCUACAGAAUCUGUACCAGAACCUCUGGUCGCCCCCAGUCAACCCACCAGCACAGCUGAACUCCAGAAGGCGGAGUCUGUGAUCAAAGAGGAAGACCCACCCAGCAUCAACCCACCGACGGCUCACGUUCGGCCGACACACCCGCUCAAGAGCUUCGCCGUACCGACAGUGACCGUCUCUGCUCACAACCCCCCCACGUAUGAGACGACCCUGCCCAGCACCCCUCUACUGGCCCAACCGGUUCCUGGUGUCAAAACUGCAUCUAUUGGGACACUGAAUCGAGCACGUGCACCAAUGGCAGUAACGGUACCAAGUGCUCCUGACCAAUCAGAAACCAGCAAGAUGUUGGCACAGGCCGAUAUGACAUAUGAGACGGAUGAGCUGUCAGAAGAAAUGGCUCACCUGGAGGGUUUGAUGAAGGAUCUGAACGCCAUCACCACAGCCUGAAGCACAGCAAAUCUCGAACACACUCCCAGCUUAACCCUGUCCUCAGGAACAACCAGACCAGUUUUAAUAAACGCUGAUCUCAGAUCAGCUUAAGGAAUGACAAACUCAUCAAUGUGACUGGAAACGGAGCAUCAUGUUUUCCGUCCAGCGUGGAGAAAGAUACGAAAUAAUGAGAUGUGGACUCGAUGCUGUUUUCUAAACUCAGAGGCGUUCUGCACAGAAAAGCUUUUUAAAUGUUUAUUUUUGGGAUUGUAUUCACAUACUUCAUAUUUUUAGCGUGUAUGUACAUUAUCAUCUUUUUUGUUGCUCAAUUGGGUCUCAUUCAGGAUGAACAGCGAAGUCGUUUGUUAAACCAUUGUUUGGUAAAUCGUUUACAAAAGUAUUUAUGAUCAAUUUGCAUAUUCAUUACAUAGUGUCGCAUUAAAGUUUGAAUGUGUUGCCGCCUUCCUGAAUGAGUCCUGUUUGUUAUUAGUUACACCAUAAACAUGUUGAGUAUCAUCUGAGAUUCAUCAUUGGAGAAGAUUUUCUGUUGUGAUGUUUCUUCAGUAAAAAGGGACACCAGUAGCAUUUAAGAUCCAUCACAACAGAUGAAUGAAGAUGCCACAUGGACGUGCUGAAGGGUCGGCUCUGAAUCUUUGAAAAAUUAAAGUGACGCUAAUCUUUGGUGCUUCAGUAUCUCCUCAAAAACAAGGACCGUCAAAUUUGGUUCCUUGUGUGAAUGCAACAAGAUUUUUCUACUUUGAGUGAGAUUAAUAAAAGGAACUGCAAAUAUUUGAAUACUUUGUACACUCCCAAAAAAGGACAAUUUUAUAUAUAUAUAUAUAUUCAUGUUUGGAUUUGUUUUUAUAUGAAGACGACACAUUGCUUUGUAAACAUUUUCCAUGUAAGUUAUGACGGCGCGAACGGUUAAAUAUUCUGCAUUGCGUUUAUGGUUUUCACCCAGCAAACUUCUUCUCCCAAAGAACGACCCGAGAAAAUAUGGACGAACAACGCCUUGCUCGUGUACAGUUUGAAUGUCAAUGUGACUGUAAUGAGUUCUGCUUAUGAAUAAAGUGAUUGUUUGUGUUUACAAUAAUGGGAGAAGAUAUAAAAAAGUCAAAGAAUCAUGUCAAAACUGUCAUUUGCACUUUUUAUAUGGAUUUGAAAUCGCUGAUGCCAUGUGAAAUAUGAACCUAUUUUAUGUAACAAUGAUGUCACGAGUAAACAGCUGGUUUUAAAGACA